ACGUCAAUUUUCUUUGCAGUUGUUUGUUUUUCUGUAAUAUUUUCAGUUUUGUUCUCAUCAAAUCCGCGCGCAAAAGCAAAAAAAUUUCAUGUUUUUUUCUUUUUUCUCUCAAAAAAAUUGCAACAAAGAAAAAGAAUAUACCAUCAUUUAGAAAAAUCUAAAAAUUUUAUAAUUAAAAAAUCUGUUUUUCAUUAUGGCUGAAUCAGAAAAUCAAAUAUCCACCGACGACACCGAUACAAUUGAUACACUCGAAGAAACAAGCAUCACAAUGGUCGACAUUUUAGCCCAUGAAAAUGAAUUGGAAGAAGAAUAUGCAGCCGUUUUGGGUGCUUCCGAUGAUAAAUGUUGUACUUAUACAAAGGGACCAAUUAAAAGACAAGCUUUAUAUUCAUGUUUAACUUGCUGCCCCGAGUCCGUUAAGAAUCUAGAAAUGUGUGCUGGCAUUUGCUUAGCCUGUUCCUUGCAUUGUCAUGAAAAUCAUGAACUCGUUGAAUUGUAUACAAAACGGAAUUUCCGUUGCGAUUGUCCAACAGAACGUUUCCCGGGUUUAAAAUGCACCCUGAAUCCGGACAUUGUCGAUGGCGACAAGAAAAUGCCAAAGAACGAUUCGAAUUUAUAUAACCAAAAUUUCCAAGGUGUCUAUUGCACUUGCAAGCGUCCUUACCCAGAUCCAGAAAGUCCCAUUGAAGAGGUAAUGUUGCAAUGUGCCAUUUGUGAGGAUUGGUAUCAUUUGCAUCAUCUGGGUUUGAAGGUAAAGAAGCUUAGGGAUGACUAUCACGAGAUGGUUUGUCCUGGGUGCAUGCAGAAGUAUGAGUUCUUGCAGGAUUACACUGGGUUGGCUUUGACGAGGCUGGAGGACUUGGAUGAGUCGGAUGUUUCGGUUGAAACUGAUGAUAAGUUGAAGUCGGACUUGGAUAAGAGUAUUUCGGAAAUCAUGAAUAUGAGUGGCGAUGAUGAGUCGUCUGCUGCCGAUGCUAGUACAUCGGAAAAGGCUGAUGGUGAUGGAAAGGCCAAAAAUGGAGUUGAGCCUCCGGCAAAGAGACAAAAGACCGAUGGACAAAGUGGAUGUAGACGGCCAAAAAACAAACCCGAUUGGGAUAAAGAUGUUGCAACUCUUUGGCUCUCAGACUGGCGUUUGGCACUUUGCAAAUGCAAGGAAUGCUUGCCACUCUACGAGGCCACCAAAAUCACUUUCCUCCUCGAUCCCGAGGACUCGGCUACACAUUACGAGGAGCGUGGCAGGAAGAGUGCCAAAGAAUCAUCCUACGAGCAAGGCAUUCGUGCUCUAUCGACAAUUGGUCGAACCCAACAGAUUGAUGCGAUUACAGAGUACAAUCGGAUGAAGGACAAACUAAAGGAUUUCCUUCACACUUUUGUGGUCAAUAAGAAAGUUGUUACCGAAGAGGAUAUCAAUAGAUUCUUCCAGGAAAUGAAGAAUGAGAAAAAUGCCAAUUUGGGGCAACCGUUUUUCUGUCGUUAACAGAAAAAUUGAAAAUCUCCAGCGAUCCCUCAGAUAGGGAUUGCAUUUGAACAAAAAUUCAUUCCUCUUCCCCAUACAAAUUUAGAAUAGAAAUCAUUAUUUUUUUUGUUCAAUGAAAUAAAAAAAAAAAUUUAGAACAAGAAGAAGCACACAUUAAAUCGUCACACUUUGAUAGGUUUUCACAAAAUACAUGGAGAAUAAAAUAAAAAGGAGAUAAGGUAUUUGUAUUAGUUUUUAUUUUUUGGUUCCAAUUUGGUAAUCAUUUUGGAAUACUACUUACCUAUCGAACUAUUGUUUGAUAAAUAUUAUUCAUUCAUUCAAUAAAAUGGAAAUAAAUAU